AUCCUUGGAAUUUUGAGCUUACGGCCAAGCAAAUGACACGAAGAGGAGGCCGUUGUUUAGUCAUCAAAAUGGCCAACCCGAAAGUGGCAAAUUUGGCGAACUAUGGGGAGGUUGAGCUAGCUUGAUUAAACAGAACUCCAACAGCUUCACACAACACAAUCGUUCUGAAGCUCAACUUCAGAUUGUGAUGAAGGCUCAAAGAUUGAUCCGAAGAUCCUUCACCACCAUCUCCACCAUGUCUUCUUCAACCGUGACCUCGUCGCCCUUCUCUAAUGCCGUGGUUGGUGCGAUGAGGAAGUUGUAUCCAGAGGCUUUGGCAGACAAGAGUUUUGAUAAUACAGGCCUUCUCCUCGAAGCGCCUCAACGGUCAAACGCUAAGCUAGCGAAAAGUGCGCUCCUCACGAUCGACCUCACACAAGCCGUAGCAGAAGAAGCUAUCAAGGGAGAGCAUUCAAUUGUUAUAAGUUAUCAUCCAAUCAUUUUCCGCCCGCUCAAGUCACUCACGCUCGCCAAUACUCAGCAAAACUCACUUCUCCGUCUCGCUUCGGAAGGAAUCAGCGUCUACAGUCCCCACACAGCUGUCGAUGCAGUAUCGGGCGGCUUGAAUGACUGGCUAGCUGAUAUAGUCACUCAGACGAAAGACAACGUGAGCGAUCACACGCGCAAAGUCAUCAAUGCAGUUCCAGAUCUCUCCGUCCUUCCAGAGCAUUUUUCGUCUGCAGGUUAUGGUCGGAUUGUGACGUUCUCUGGUCCGCAGACUUUAGGAGCACUGGUCCAGCGCAUCAUGACUGGACUCGCUACCUCUUCCAACACCCAAGUUCAAGCCGGUGUCUCCGUCGCUGUUCCACAAAAGUACCUCGACGGGCAGAGAUCUGAUAUUCCCAUCAAAACCAUUGGGAUAUGCGCUGGAUCAGGCGGCUCAAUGCUGAACGGGCUCGACGUCGAUCUCUUGUUCACAGGCGAACUGAGCCAUCACGAAGCAUUAGCUGCUAUUGAAGCUGGACGAUGCGUAGUCACUGCCUUUCACAGUAAUUCCGAAAGAGCGUUCUUGGAGCAGAGAAUGAUGCCGGCAUUGAGGAAGACGGUCGUAGAGGAACUGGGAGGAGAUGAGGAUUUCAGUAUUGACGUUAGCCAGGUUGAUAGAGAUCCGUAUCAAAUAAUUACGGCCGGGCAGGAAACAUGGUGAAAGGUCACUAAGAAUUGUAUAUCCAAGGGCUUUUUGUAUUGGAAAAGAAAUGAGGACAAUGGUGUGCUUGUUGAAAGCCCACACAUGCGGUCAUAACAAAGACCAGUGUACGGAAUCUAGAGGUGGUACCCGAGAACAGACUGUCUUUGACCUGUGUCAAAGACAUUGUUUCAUUUCAUAUCUGAUAUAUAACACACCCCAUUGAGGUUUAUCUCAAAGUCAACUUUAUUCCACA